AUGCGUGCGGGCGGAGACGACGGAGGCCCCUGCGGCACCAACAGAGCAGAGGUGGCGACGUCAUCGGCGUCUUCUGUGACCGAUCGGCUACGCGAAAGUUUAACGGAGACCGCGCGGUUGCUCGAGGACUUUGAGCGGGAGCAGCAGCAGGCAACGCGGCAAUCGGCGGCCACCCCCGACUUGGAGACGUACACACACUGCUGCCACCAACUGGUCGCUUAUAUGGUGACGCACAUGCAAACGUCUCCGGGCUUUGUGACCCAAAUGGAGCAGGUUAUUCGUGCAAGCUUCGACCACUCGGCUUUAAACACGGCGGUGACAGAAUCUCUCUGGGUCCGCUACAAUAGCAGCUCACAACGCGCAGAUUCCGGCACUCAAAGUCCUAAUGUCCCGCAGACUCCUGCUCGUCAAGGGCAUAUUAUCAAGACAGACACGGCUGUAGACAACGCAGUCACCGUGACCCCACUUGCUGUCGCCAAUGCAAGCGUGACUGGGUUGAGACCGACGUGCUCCCCACACGUGGACUUGACGUCUACUCCCCCUACAGUGGGAAGAGGGGGAAAGCGUCAAUCGAGGAUGCAGGAGGGUCAGGAAUCCAAGCGCCCGCGACACAUUGUGGCUCGGAACCUAUAUGGCGCAGGAAGACUUGAUUGCGAAGAGAAAGACGACGAGAGCGGACUAGAAAGCAAGAAGGAGUCUGAGACCGAAACGGAGACGGAGACAGACGAACAAGGGUCGAGUCAACCCGCCCAGACAAGUGAGGGCUCUGUUGCAGGGCUUGUUUGGCCGUGCGCUGGUGGCGAUCCAAUGAAUCGAACUCUGGCUUACAAGCAGCGUCUGAAGACGGCUAUAAAGCUGGUGGAUGCAGAAAAUUGUAGCCCGCCACCGGGAAUGGUGUGCACGCAAGGAUGCGAGCGCAUUCGCUCUCGAAUGUGCGAGAACCAUCGUACACAGGGAGGGAACGCAAUGCCGUGCCACAACGGAAUGUGCUGUAUUUGGCGAGAUAUCGACACACACACGGUGCGCUGCCAAAACUCUCAAUGCGAGUUCAAGAACAGUGUGGGCUUGCGUCAAACAAUGCACGACAUCCAACAGAAUGAACUGAAGCUUGAGGCGACAAACCAUAAACUACAAGCGACUCGGGUGAUGCUUCGUGGUGUGGGUGCUGGCUGUGACGGUGAUUCUGGAAACUCAGCUUCUCAGCUUGAGAGUAAGAUGAAGAAAUUGGAGGAGAAAUGCGCCAGGCUGGAGGAUGCUGUUGUUUUUCACAAGGAAAGAGAGCGGGCGUUCAGAGAUGACCUUCGUGCCAUUGGAGGAAACGAGGAACUCCAAACCUUCAGGAGCCAUUACGCGAAAAAGAGAUCGAGGGACUGA